AUGGCGAAAGGUCGGUGGGUAGGUGCGCCCACAGCGCGGUCACUGGCGGCGGGUGGGGCCGGGCACCCUGCGUGGAUAGUGUUUGAGGGGCCUCUCUGCGGGUUACUGCGGAGGGGGGAGACGGGAGAGAGGCGCUGCGGGGGGGUGGGGGCUAGUGGUGAACGCUCGGGUCGGGUCUGGGGUGUGGAGGCGUAUUGGGUGGGUGGUUGUCGCGGGGGUAGGGGGGGUUGCCGUCUUGGUUGUGGCGUCCCGCGGCGGAGCGGCGGCUACUACUUGAAGAAUACAAGCCUCCCGACGGGAGGUUCGUCGGAGCGGGGCACGUUGGUGCGCGGGGGCCCUCACUCCGUGUCGUCUAGUCCCCCGGGUGCUGUCGCUGUCAUCCUUCUGGUUUGUGGGGGGGCGGGCGGCCUGGGUGGAGGAGCUAGGGUUGGGGGGGUGCACGAGAGACGCGAGAACGGGGCCGCUGAGCCCGCGUUGCAAAAGAACCUCUAUUGGGUGGGGGGGGGUGGGGGGGGGGUGGGGGGGUGGGGGUGGGGGGGGGGUGGGGGCGGGGGGGGUGGGGUGGUCGGGGGGGCGGGGGGUGGGGGGGGGUGGGGGGGUGGGGGUUGGGGGGUGGGGGGGGGUGGGGGGGGGCGGGGGGGGGGGCGGGGGGGGGGGUGGGGGGGGGGGGUGGGGGGGGGUGGGGGGUGGGGGGGGGGGGGGGGGGGGUGGGGGGGGGGGGGGGGGGGGGGGGGGUGUGGGUGGCGGGGGGGGGGGGGGGGUGGGGGUGGUGGGUGGGGGGGUGGGGUGUGGGGGGGUGGGGGGGGGGUGGGGUGUGGUGGGGGGGGGGGGGUGGGGGUGGGGGGUGGGGUGGGGGGGGGGUGUGGGGGGGGGGUGGGGGGUGGGGGGGGGGGGGGGGUGGGGGGGGGGGUGGGGGGGUGGGGGGGGGUGGGGGGGGGUGGGGGGGUGGUGGGGGGGGGGGGGUGGUGUGGGGGGGGGGUGUGGGGGUGGUGGUGGGGGUGGGUGGUUGUGGGGUGGUGUGGGUUGUGGGUGGGGGGGGUGGGGGGGGUGGGUGGGGGUGGGGGGGUGUGGGUGGGGUUGUGGGUGGGUGGGGUGGGGGUGGGGGGUGGUUGUUGGUGGGGGUGUUUGUGGGGGUGGGGGGGUGGUGGGGGGGGGGUUGGGGGGGUGGGGGUGUGGGGGUGGUUUGGGUGGUGUUGGGGGGUGGUGGGGUUGGGGGGGGGGGGGGGGGUGUAUGUUGGGUGGUGGGGGUACGGGGGUGGUGGUUCGGGAGGUGGGGACGUCGGUGGUUGUCGAUUGCGUGGUAGGGGCGUGGGGGGUGGGGUGGGGCGGGGAUGGUGGAUAGUGGGGGGGGGGGGGGGGGGGGGCUGGGUAGGGGGGGUGGGGGGGGUGGGAUGGGGGGGGGUGGGGGUGGUUGGGGGGGUGGCCUGGGGGUAUGGAGGUAGCAGGGGGACGUGGGAAGGACCAGCGGCGGCGGUGUGGGUGAGGUGGGCCAGGGGGGGUGGAGGGCUUCCUCGUCAUCUGUCGUUCGGAUCCUGCUGUUGA